ACCAGCAAAUCCACGUCCCCAGCGGGUUACUCUAGCUCCUCUACAAGGCGGGAGACAAUGACCUUGACCUCGGAGGAAAGGGCGCCCUAAGACCACGGAGAUGGCCCCACCGAGAGAGGGUCCAACACAGGAAGCAGAAUGGCCAACGCCAUGCAGGUGACCUCGGCUGUGGAGAGAAAUGGUCCUGAGCCACAACCAGACAAUGGACCUCUCCUGAGACCCUGGCCUAACUCUCGGGAAGACAGAACACCCAGCCUGAUGGCCCCCAAGCCUCCCAGCACAUGGAGGGUGCGGGUCCAAGGCCCCUCUGUGCUGGAGUCCAAGGUGAGGGCUUUGAAGGAGAAGAUGACAGCAAGUAAACAAGGGGCCAGCUCCUGCCCCACCUCCCAUGAACAGUCAUCCCUCAAAAAACCCAAAUGCCGACGAGUCAAAGCUGGAGGAAUUCAGGCCCCACCAGAGGGCUGUUCCCUACCAGAGGGCAUGGUGGCCUCUCAUGCUCAGAACCCAUCCAAUGAGCCCCUGGACAGCAGUGUCAGUGAGGGGGAACCUUCCAGAAAUGGGGGCUCCAGGCCUCCCUGGUCACCUGCCCUUGGGCUUGAGUGCUGGAAUGGGCAGAGCCCGUGGUCUCCAGAAGCAUCAUGGAUGUUGCCUGAAGGUGAGAAGGGUCUGCCACCAGAGCCUGGCUCUUUGCAAGAGAGCCUCUCCCAUGGAAUUACUCCUGGCCGCCUGGGGGGGCCUGGUCCUUGGAAAGUCACCCACAUGCCCAGCCUGAAGAAAGGAAGGCCAUGUGCCCUUCAAGAUGGUCUGGUCGAAGUGGGAGACUUGGACAGCACUCCUCUGACCUCUGAGGAGAACUUUGUCCCCAGGGCAGCCCUGCUGCCAGGGCUCUGGAGACCUGGAGACCUGGAGGCUCUGGGCACUGGGGGCAGUGUCUUGUCCCUGUCUGACCGAGUCGAAAGGAAUCGCCUGCUGCUGCAGGAGAUGCUGAAGGUCUCAGGACAGAGCCCUCCCAAGGUGGAGACUCCAGCCUGGACUCCGUCCUGGGAUACAGCUGCACCAGAGCGACCCUCGGGGGAUGUGGACCGGGACUCGGGCAUCUCUCUGCAGGACUCAGACCAGAACAGGACCUUUGGUCCCAAGCCGGAGCCCAUGCUGAGCGCCAGGCAUGAGGAAGCCAAACAUCUGCUGCAUCGUGCCCGCAUGAAGGCCAGGACCCAGCCCCUCCGUGCCAACCAUGACAUCGUGCCCACCAUUGCUCAGGGCAGCCGAGAUGGCCAGAGAGGCCCAGCCCCGGACCCCAGGAUGACCUUGGCCUGCAGAGACAGUCUCCAGAAUGGGAACGUGAGUGACUCCUCCAGCGGGGAGUCCAGCAGCGGGCAGUGGCCUAAGCAGGGCACGUCCCCUUCGCACGUUCGCUUUCAGGACGAGACUGCCCGUGAGGCUGAGUCCCGCUACCUGGAGCGGCUGCAGCAGCGCCAGCGCCAGGUGCUGAGCACAGUGCUACCGGCCUCGGGCCAGGGGCCACUGCGCUCCAAGCCCCACGUCACCCACUACAUUAACCGGGACAUGGGCGAGGGCACGUUCCCCAGGCCCCUGGGUGGCCUAGACCGCAGGGGCCUCCUGGCACCCCCAGCGCCAUGGGGCAGCGAGGGGAAGUGCAGAGCCUGUGGCCACUGUCUUCAGGAUGGACGCCCUGCUGAGGGGAAGGUGCCUCCCAGCCCUGGGGUGGCCCAGGGACUCCAGGCUGCCUGUGGAGUGGAGGGGGUGAUGCUGGAGCCCCACACCUCCUGUGGCCCCAGCUCCCCAUUCCAGCUCUUCCCUGCUGAGCCAGGGCUUCACUCAGAAUGGGUCCGGGAAACACACAUUGGAGACACCACCGUGUGCCCUGAGGAAGGAGACUCUGCCCUGGACAGCACGGACACCUCAGACAGCUGCCGGACAGACAGUGAGGAACCUGGGACCUCCCAGCCCAGAAGGACAGGCGGGCGGCCCAGAGGCAGCAGCCGCCGACAGCAGGGCUCCCGGCCUCAAGGAGGCCACAGAUGGUCCAAGAAAGCUGAGGUGGAGUCGUCCUGGGCCCCUGAGGCCCAGGAUGAGGUUCACGAUGUGGAGGAGGGAGAUGAGGUGAAGGAAGGCAGGGGACAGACACCUGAUGGGACUCUGAGAGAAGACGCUGUCCCUAAGCCUCCUGCCCUGGAACCUGAGAGGUCUUCCCUCGGGUCCGAGAAACAACCUGAACAAGAACUGAAAAGUCACUGGGACCCUGUGGACUCCUGGGCUCCUUGCAGGACAGCCUAUGUCACCACGUCCUCCACAAAGCUUGGGCCUUCGGGGCCAGGCAGACCAGACCAAGUUAUAGAAGGCCACGAGUCUCCCGAAAUUGUCUGCACUUCCUCCCUGCAGCAGAGCCAUGCAGAGCCCUCUGCUCACCGCCCAGCCCGGCAGCCAGCUGCUUCUCUCUCCCCUGAAGGCUGGGUGCCAACACCUCCCACUUCGAGGAAAACCACCUCCCCUGGGCCUCACAGGAAGGCAGCGCUGGCUCGGCCCGGCAGUCCCCCAGUCAGGCACCCACUGUUGGCCCUGUCCACCAACAACUGCAACAACUGUUCCCCCCUGGAGCUGCAGGAGCCCUGGGGAGCAGCUAUCCACCACGGCAGGGCAGACAGGGGUCCCUGUGGCCAGGAGCCGGAUCUGCCCCUGGAGAGCAGCGGAGACGGAGGACUCCGGGGCUCUCUCCGCUUGGCAGACACCGUCGUCAACUCCAUGGGCAUUACCCUCUCCCUGGCCUCAGAGGAGCUGGAGUCCAGCCAGGACCUGGAAGAAGGUCUGCAGAGGACAGAGUCCAGUUCUGGAGGGCACAUGCCACCUGGAGCAUCACCAGAGGCCAGUGCAGGGCCCAGGGUGCCCCCAGCUGCUGCUUCUGGAGCCAACAAGAAAAGGAGCAGCGGCCUGGCCUCCACCCUGGGGCUGAAGAAGCUCCUCUCGGUCCUCGGCCAGACUUCCCGGCCCAAGUUGAGCAAGUCCCGUAGCUACAGCGUGGAGCAGCUGCAGCCCGCUGUGCCUAGCCCAGCUUCCCACAGCAGCACCUCCAAAGUGAAGAGAGCCCCGUCGCUUCAGUCCCUGCGUCUGAUGUGCACCACCCCCUCUGAACAUCUGUCCUUCAUCACUUGUGCCCAAGAUAAAGUGGAGACAGCUCUGUGUCGCCGGACGGUUUCUGUGAUCUGUCUGCUUUCGCCUCUUACCACGCUCAACCCCAGUUACACUGGGGCGUGUUAUGCUAGACGUCCUUGCACUUCUGUGGUGUCACCCUCCCACCAACAUCGGAAAGCUUCCUCCUUUCAGAACCUCCAUUCUCUGCUGAGCGGCAAGGGGGACCGGUCCAGCCUGUACCUGGUAGAGGGGCCAGGAGAUUCCAGUGCAGGAGGCAGGCUGGCCAAGGCCCCUCCCCGGCGGGCCCUCAGUGUGGAAGACGUGGGUGCCCCCAGCCUGCCUCGCACCGUGGGCCGCUUGGUGGAGGUGUUCCCAGAUGGCACGAGCCAGCUGCAGCUGCAGCGCUCCUCAGAGGGCACUUUUGGCUUCUGUGUGGCCUCUGGGGAUGGGCGCCGGGACUCAGGGCUCUACGUGCAGGAGAUGGCUGACCUGGACACUGCCAAGCUGUACUCAGGGCUGCUCGGGGUGGGGGAUGAGAUCCUUGAGGUGAAUGGGGCCAAGGUUGCUGGGCUAGGCCUGGCUCACGUCCAGGAGCUUCUGGCCCACUCAGAGAGUUUGUCACUACGUGUCCUGCGGCAGAGGCCUGUCCCACGGUGACCCAGAAGUGCAGCUGGAAGCUCUGAACUGCCCCGGGAUUGAAUGGCUGGAAUGCACUGCAGAGAUACUCUGUGGACCAUUUUAAACCACAGAUGAUGGUGACAUGUAGCCCCUCAGGCUAUGGCAGGGCUUCUGUGAUUGACUCCCCUAGGGCCAGAAAUCUGUUUAAGAUUAUUAAUUUAUGCAGAACUGGGGAAAGAAAAUCCUGAUGUCCUUUUAUGCUCGAGGUGAUGGCAACAUUGACUUGCCCCAUGUUGGGGCAUAUUGGAGAGAUUCCAUGGGUCCUUUAUUGGCCCUUGAGAACUGGUCCCAUUCCCCUUCAAAGGUGCCCCUAGUCCCCAACACUGCAGAACCAAAGAUGGAGGACAUAUCAGCCGUGUCUCUCCUGGCUCCCACUCGCCACCUCUGCUCCUCAUCCAGAAAAGGACACAGCAUCCUGGAGUAAUAGCCAGCCAGCCAGCAGAUACCCCAAGCCAAACCUCCAAACCUAUGGCCUGAUGAAGUACUCCACCCCCUGUCAGGGUGUGAGAGUAUUUGGAAGAUGUUAUAUGGUACCCAGAACAUUAAAAAUUUCUAGGAAUUUUUUUUAAUGAUAUGUAAGGGGAUAUGUAGGGGGAAAGUGAAAUAAAGGCCAAGUUCAGGGAAGUACAGCUGAGGUGGGCAGAAGCUGGCCUGUGGGUCCGCCCCGCCCCCCGCCUCUGCUCCAGUUGCUGCAGCUAGGCCUGGAAGGCCGCGGCUUUGUUCUCCUGUCCAGCGUGCAGACAGGGCUGCAGCUGGUGUCCCCCUGCCCCCAGCUGCAAGCUCCCUAUCCAGACCUCCCUGGUGGCAGCCGUGGGUGGGCAGGCAGGCAGCAGGGAGGCUGCAGAGAACAGGGGUGGCCAUUCCACCUGGGUGCUUCCUACGCUGGGCUUGGAUACGGCCAGAAGGGUUGGGGUUCUGCCCCUGUGUGGCCAUGCGUCAGUCUUAAAUUAUUAAAAUGCAAGCUGAAACUUC